CACGAAUUCCUAAUCCGAACAUCGUAUCAAAUGCUCCAAAUCAAAUAGCUAAUUCCAUGUGAAUAUCCCGAAUAAUCGGUUCUCCUGACUGAACACAAAUACCAUCAUAGAUCGGAGAAAAUGUCUGGCAAGAAGACAAGAGGUGCAGUCAGUGCAUCUUCGAUUGUUGACUUGAAGGCUGAACUUUUUAGGAAACAAGAAGAAUUCAAGAGAGAAAAAUUUGAGAAUCAAAAUUAUGUCAAACCCAAGUCAAGCAAGAAGUCCAACUUGUUUAGCAAGCAGAAUAUUGGUGUACAAAAUAGAGCUGAAAAAGACAGGAAGCAAGAUAGUGAAGAAAAGGACAGCUUAGCCAAAUCAAAGUCAGCAUUGGAAACUAAGGCUGCAUUGUAUGAUAAGAUGGCAAGAGGGCAGUUAUGGCCAGAAGAUGAUGAGAAAUACAUGGUAGAUUUCACGCAGAAAGUAAUUGACAGACAAGAAGAAGAGAAAAGGAAGCAACAACGAAAAGAUGAAGAAGAUGUAAUUAGUGGUGAUAUUCCUGCAUCAUGUGACCCUGGAGAUGAGUGGGUGGACUACACAGACUCCCUAGGUAGGUCAAGAAGAUGCAUGAAAAAGGAUUUAAAAUAUCUUCAAGAUCUUGACAAGGACUUGAAUCCUGCAUUAAAAAGUUCAAACACUGAAGAUGAACCAGAUCUUCUUUCUGCUGACAUGAAACGAGAAAUGCUUCGUAAAAAGUGGGAAGAAGAGGAAGCUGAGGCCAUGAGUAAACCAGUUGGACCAGUGCAUUAUGAAAAUGUCAGAUAUGAAGAAGUGCGACAUACUGGUGUUGGCUACUUUGCAUUCUCCAAGGAGGAUGAAGCUAGGAAGAAACAAAUGGAACAGUUGGAGAUGCUUAGAGAUGAGACUUCAGAUCAACGAGUCAAGAGGGAGAAAUUGAAAAUGAAAAGAAAGGCAGCAAUGCAGGCCAGAUUAGAAAAAGUCAAACAAAGGAAGAAAAUAAAGGGAGAUCUGUUUAAUGAUGAAGAUGAUGUAGAGCAGAAAAAGGAAGAGAUUCCAGUCGAGUUAUUGACUCGGGAUGAAUCAUUAAGACAGCUAGGGGCAGAAAGACCUUGGGACAAAGGAAAAGAAAAAAUGCCAGCACCUGUUCGCUCAAAACCAUCAUUGCCUGUGUACAACCCAAGAGAUGAGAGACCAUCUGAGUUUGCACCACCAAAAGAAUAUUAUGAUUCAGGUCCUGUCAAGACAAAGAAUGAACACAGAAAAAUGUGGCGAAUAGAAGAUGGUGGCUACCCUCCAGGAAAUACAGAACAAAUGGUACCAGCAGACAGUUCUAAACAACGAGAGGCUGCUGUAACAGAAAGAACUCAGCAAUUACCUGUGAAUUUCCCACCACAUCCCCCACCUCCUCCUAAUUUUAUGUACCCUCAGCCUCCUACUGGACAAUUCUUUCCCCCUCCUGGACAUUACCCACCACCAGUUUUUCCUCAGACUGCCUCAAUUUUACACCCCCCUCCAUAUUAUAACCAAGAACAGCAACAGCAACCACAGGAAGAUCAACAAAAACCAACAAAUGUAAACCUGGACUCUGCACUUUCUUAUUUCAGACAUAAUGCUGGUCAUUCUAGCUGAUAAUAGCAUCACUGUCUUUGACUAAUAUUUAGAAAAUGAAUAUUAGUAGUAUCUAUUCUUAUUUUUAUAUGCACUACAUUGAUAUUGAAGUACACGUUUUUAGUACACAAUAGUUCUGUGAUAUCACAAGGUAUAUGGUUCCAUUAUAAAGUUGGUUAUACUUCGGGUGAAAUACAGAAAAUUUUGGAGUACUUUUCAUAGCUUUCUACACUAUACACACAGCACAAGCAAUCUUAUGCACACCAUCACUGAUAAGGGCAACGGGAUACUGCACACAUUUCACAUGUUCCAACAUUUUUCGCUGCUAACUUGUGCAACUGCCAUCCAUAAUGUUUUAUAAUAAUUAAGUUGCCAGCGAAAGAAAACUUUGUUUAUGCAGUGUUUUAAUUGGUGCUGAAAAAUGACCACAAUGUGAAUACAUUUCAAGUACAUGUAUGAUUUAGAUCUAACAAUAAAAUGAGCAGCAUAUACA